GCAACAUGACAUACCAGCGGCGGGAAGGGGGCGUUAUCUUUUCGCGCCACUGAGACAAAGGAGACAAAGAUGGAGGUUACGUCGCCUAGUAUGUUGUCAGACCUUACACACGCAUAUGACAACUUAGAAUCUGUCAAAGUCCUUGUAGCCACUUUUAUAGAUGAGAAAGAGAUUUGUAAAAAAAUUCUUCAUGUCAGCAGUGCCAAAGACAUCAUAGGUCAAAGCCAAGCUCAGCACAUGGGCUGUGUGCUUGAUAGGUUGCUAAAGUAUAACACUGAUUUGAUUUUGACAGUGAGGUAGACGUUAAGGACUUUGAUAGAUUCCAUAUCUUCCUGUCAGCCACAGGGCCACCGAUGGAAACCUCUCUUGGGGAGAUUAGACAAAAUCAGUCUACCAUUACCACUGAAGAACAAAGUCAACCCCUGAAGUCACUACUCAAGAGGAAAGCCCCACAGAUUCUUAAGGAGUAUGAAACUACAGGUACCCUGUCAGUGCCAUCGAGGAAGCUUCUUGUGAAGACUUGCAUUGGGGAUUUGGUGGAGAGGUGUGGUUAUUACCCUCUUAGGGCAGAGAAGCUGACUAUAGCAAAAAGCAUCAUCACCACUUUUCCAUCCCUGAGUGUCCGAGUGGCAGGACAGGGGGAAGGAUUUGAGCAUUAUUAUGAUCCAGUCUCCCAUUAUGGAUUCCUAGAGACUAAACUGCGCAACCUUAGAUGGAAUCUCGACCAGGGGCAGAGACGUUAUAAGAAGCGAAAAGUGACAGAUGACUGUGGUGAAGACAAGAAGCUCAGGCAAGAGGAUGGGAAUACCAGCAGCACAGAUGAGUGGGUCUCUUUGAUCAAAAGAUUGCGGCCCUCAGCUGAGAACCUUCCAACUAUCAUGUCAGGCAUGGAGGAAACAUACACCAGUCGCAGAGCCUGGAUUAGCAAGGACUCCCCGACUGCUGCUGAAAUAUUCAGAGAGUACCCACGGUUUUUGGACAUGCCAAGUCUGUUUGGCAAGCUUACAGGAGGAAAGACGGAUCUGUUUUUACGAAAAUGGGAAGCCAGUAUCAUUCCGAAAAUCAAAUCAGUAGCUGCCCUGGAAACAAGAGUGUCCUCUCUGUUGAAGGAUUUUGAAGAGAAGACUGAAGAUGAGGCUUGUUACACUGCCCAUGUGGUGUUAACACACCUGCUCCCACCAGUUGGUGCCAGUCGUUGCAGCCUUAAAUCAGCAAUAACGCACUUGGUUGAUUUUGCACUGCCUGGAACAAGUAUGGCAUCGCUUUGCAGUGAUCCUGAAGCAUCAUCCACAACACACCAACCCCAGCUGAUAUGCAUUGGUGAUCUAAAGACUGCAACCAAGCAGUACAUCAUUGUUGCUAAGAAUGACAAAGUAACCAUUCCUCUGAAUGAUGGCCUGAUGUGUGCUGUGGAUGAGCUUUUCAAACUGUACUGAGUAUGUAACUUGUCCUAUCCAGCACCGCUUGUCUUCACCUUCUUUGAGUUUGUCUAUGACCUGCCGCUGUCCACCCAAAGGAAAACCAAAGUACUGGAGCUGAUUGCACAGAUUAAAGCAUGCAAGUAAAAUGUUCACCUGUCCAAAAUGUAGAGAGUCUCUGUUCACAGAGGUGAGAAACCUCAUUUGGCAUCUUCGUCAAAUACACUGCUUAUCACAUGGACAAAACUUGAAAAUUAUAUGUAGCCAAGAUGGCUGCCCAAGGACGUAUUAUAACUUAAAUUCAUUUUCAAAGCACCUGCAUAGAUCUCAUUCUACUUCAUCUUAAAUGGAUGCUGACUCAGUUCAACCUUCUUACCAAGGAGAGACAUCAAACAGUUCAGUUGAAACUGAUGAUCUAGUUCCUGAUGUUUUGGAGAUGCCCAGUGAUGUAGCAGGUGCAGUAUCAAAGUU